GAAAGCACAAACAGUUCAACGACGUUAACGAUCCUUUCCUUCAGCAUUGAGACUCAGAUCACGUCGAGAACGCUUGCUUAAUUACACAAAAUGACUGAGCAGAUGGUUUUGCGCGGAACCCUUGAAGGGCAUAGUGAUUGGGUUACGGCCCUUGCUACCUCCCUCGAGAACCCCAACAUGCUCUUGUCUGCUUCGCGCGACAAGACCUUGAUCAUCUGGAAUCUCACUCGCGAUAGUGAUACUGGCUACGGUGUUCCCAAGAGAAGUCUUAAGGGUCAUUCUCACAUCGUUUCUGACUGUGUCAUCUCUUCCGACGGCGCAUAUGCCCUCUCUGCUUCAUGGGACAGGACCCUCCGUCUGUGGGAACUCUCCACUGGUCAGACCACCCGCCGCUUCGUCGGCCAUGAUAACGAUGUCUUGAGUGUUUCCUUCUCUGCCGAUAACCGCCAGAUCGUGUCUGGGUCUAGGGACCGUACUAUUAAACUCUGGAAUACCCUUGGUGACUGCAAGUUUACCAUCACUGAUAAGGGGCACACUGACUGGGUUUCUUGCGUCCGUUUCUCGCCCAACCCUCAGAACCCCGUGAUUGUCUGGGAGCUGGCGUCUUGCCGCAUUCAAACCGAUCAUACCGGACACACUGGAUAUAUCAACACUGUCACUAUCUCCCCUGACGGCUCCCUCUGUGCCUCUGGCGGCAAGGACGGCACCACCAUGCUCUGGGACCUUAACGAGUCUAAGCACCUUUACAGCCUUAAUGCCGGUAAUGAGAUACACGCCCUCGUCUUCUCGCCAAACAGGUAUUGGCUCUGCGCUGCUACCGCCACAUCCAUCAUCAUCUUCGACCUUGAGAAGAAGAGCAAGGUUGAUGAGCUCAGGCCUGAUUUCAUUCCUAUCGGCAAGAAGAGACGUGAGCCUGAGUGUGUAUCGCUGGCUUGGAGCGCUGACGGACAGACACUGUUUGCUGGGUACACGGAUAAUUUGAUUAGGGCAUGGGGGGUUAUGAGUAGGGCGAUGUAAUUGAUGUUUUCCUGUGUCUUCCUUUCUUUUUUCUCUUCCCUCUCUCUGCCUCUCUCGUUUUUCUUCAAUAAAGGGGUUCUUGAUCUUUUCGGAAGGGUGGAUGGAGGGGUUAAAUAGUCGGUUUGAUAUGAAACAAUAAAAAACGGAUAUUUCCUCUUCCUA